AACAGAGAAGCGGCCGCGGCGGUAGAGGCGGCGGAGACGGUUUCUCCAUCUUCCCCCCCUCCCCUUCCCCCCUUGGAGUUUCCCUCCCUCCCUCCCUCCCUCCUUCCCAGUCUGGGCACUGGGGCCUGUGACCGCUUCGUUAGCGGAGAGGAGGCUGCCAGUCCGCUUUGGCGGGCCUGUGCCCCGCGCGUUUCUCGGGGCCUCCGUGCUGAGCCUGAGGUUCAUGCUAGGAGGGACACGCAGUGAGAGCGGCCGAAGCAGCUUUGCGGUGAGAGCACGCCGGGCCGGGGUCGGGGCAGGGAGCCUGGUGGCGGGUAACGCCGGACUCGAGGGUUUUGUAGUGCAUCCCUGAGCAUGAGUGCAGAAUGAAGCGACGUUUGGAUGACCAGGAGUCACCGGUGUAUGCGGCCCAGCAGCGUCGGAUCCCUGGUAGCACAGAGACUUUUCCUCACCAGCACCGGGUGCUUGCCCCUGCCCCUCCUGUGUAUGAAGCGGUGUCUGAGACCAUGCAGUCAGCCACAGGAAUUCAGUACUCUGUGACACCCAGUUACCAGGUUUCAGCCGUUCCACAGAGCUCCGGCAGUCAUGGGCCCACCAUAGCAGCAGUUCAUAGCAGCCAUCAUCACCCAACAGCUGUGCAGCCCCAUGGAGGCCAGGUGGUCCAGAGUCAUGCUCAUCCAGCUCCACCAGUUGCACCAGUGCAGGGGCAGCAGCAGUUUCAGAGGCUCAAGGUGGAGGAUGCCCUAUCCUAUCUUGACCAAGUGAAGCUGCAGUUUGGUAGUCAGCCUCAGGUCUACAAUGAUUUCCUUGACAUCAUGAAGGAAUUUAAAUCUCAGAGCAUCGACACUCCAGGAGUGAUUAGUCGUGUGUCCCAGCUGUUCAAAGGCCACCCUGACUUGAUCAUGGGCUUCAAUACCUUCUUGCCUCCUGGCUACAAGAUUGAGGUGCAAACCAAUGACAUGGUGAAUGUGACAACUCCUGGCCAGGUUCAUCAGAUUCCAACCCAUGGCAUCCAGCCCCAGCCUCAACCACCACCCCAACAUCCUUCCCAGCCUUCAGCCCAGUCAGCCCCAGCUCCUGCCCAGCCAGCUCCUCAGCCCCCACCUGCCAAAGUCAGCAAGCCUUCCCAACUACAAGCACAUACUCCAGCCAGUCAGCAGACUCCCCCACUCCCACCAUAUGCGUCCCCACGUUCUCCACCUGUCCAGCCUCAUACACCAGUGACAAUCUCGUUGGGAACAGCCCCGCCCUUGCAGAACAAUCAACCUGUGGAGUUUAACCAUGCCAUCAACUAUGUCAAUAAGAUCAAGAACAGGUUCCAGGGCCAACCAGACAUCUACAAAGCGUUCCUGGAGAUUUUGCACACAUAUCAGAAAGAGCAGCGGAAUGCCAAGGAAGCUGGAGGAAACUACACUCCAGCGUUGACUGAGCAGGAGGUGUAUGCCCAGGUGGCUCGUCUUUUUAAAAAUCAGGAAGAUCUGUUAUCAGAGUUUGGACAGUUCCUACCAGAUGCCAACAGCUCUGUGCUUUUAAGCAAAACAACUGCUGAGAAGGUCGAUUCUGUGAGAAAUGACCAUGGAGGCACUGUGAAGAAACCUCAACUGAACAACAAGCCGCAGAGGCCCAGCCAGAAUGGCUGCCAGAUCCGCAGGCACUCUGGAACGGGAGCCACCCCUCCAGUGAAGAAGAAACCCAAACUGCUCAGCCUCAAGGAUUCUUCUAUGGCAGAUGCCAGCAAACAUGGUGUAGGAACGGAAUCAUUAUUUUUUGAUAAGGUCCGAAAGGCUCUGCGGAGUGCAGAGGCCUAUGAAAAUUUCCUGCGCUGUCUUGUUAUCUUUAACCAGGAGGUGAUCUCUCGGGCGGAGCUUGUGCAGUUAGUCUCCCCGUUCCUGGGGAAAUUCCCAGAAUUGUUUAAUUGGUUUAAAAACUUUCUGGGCUAUAAGGAGUCUGUACAUCUGGAAACCUUUCCAAAGGAACGAGCCACAGAGGGCAUUGCCAUGGAGAUAGAUUAUGCCUCUUGUAAACGGUUGGGCUCCAGCUAUCGAGCCCUGCCAAAGAGUUACCAGCAGCCCAAGUGUACAGGACGGACUUCUCUCUGUAAAGAGGUUUUAAAUGAUACCUGGGUUUCCUUCCCCUCCUGGUCUGAGGACUCCACCUUUGUUAGCUCCAAGAAAACUCAGUAUGAAGAACAUAUCUAUCGUUGUGAAGAUGAACGUUUUGAGCUUGAUGUAGUUUUAGAGACUAAUCUGGCAACGAUCCGGGUUCUGGAAGCAAUACAGAAGAAGCUUUCCCGCUUGUCUGCUGAGGAACAAGCCAAAUUUCGCUUGGACAACACCCUCGGGGGCACAUCAGAAGUCAUCCAUCGAAAAGCCCUCCAAAGGAUAUAUGCUGAUAAAGCAGCUGACAUCAUUGAUGGUCUGAGGAAGAACCCCUCCAUUGCCGUCCCAAUUGUCCUUAAAAGGUUGAAGAUGAAAGAGGAAGAAUGGCGAGAAGCUCAGAGAGGCUUUAACAAGGUGUGGAGAGAGCAAAAUGAGAAAUACUACUUGAAAUCUCUGGACCACCAAGGCAUCAACUUUAAACAAAAUGACACCAAGGUCCUGAGGUCUAAGAGCUUACUCAACGAGAUUGAGAGUAUCUAUGAUGAGAGGCAAGAGCAGGCUACGGAAGAAAAUGCUGGUGUACCUGUUGGCCCACACCUCUCACUUGCCUACGAAGACAAACAGAUUCUGGAAGAUGCUGCUGCUCUGAUUAUCCACCAUGUGAAGAGGCAGACAGGCAUUCAGAAGGAGGACAAAUAUAAAAUCAAGCAAAUCAUGCAUCAUUUUAUUCCAGAUCUGCUCUUUGCUCAGAGAGGUGAUCUCUCGGAUGUAGAGGAAGAGGAAGAAGAAGAGAUGGAUGUAGAUGAAGCCACAGGGGCGGCUAAGAAGCACAAUGGUGUUGGGGGCAGUCCCCCUAAGUCCAAGCUACUGUUCAGUAACACAGCAGCUCAGAAGUUAAGAGGGAUGGAUGAAGUAUACAACCUCUUCUAUGUUAAUAAUAACUGGUAUAUCUUUAUGCGACUGCACCAGAUACUCUGCUUGAGGCUGCUGCGGAUUUGUUCCCAAGCUGAACGGCAAAUUGAAGAAGAAAACCGAGAGAGAGAGUGGGAACGGGAAGUGUUGGGCAUAAAGCGAGACAAGAGUGACAGCCCCGCCAUCCAGCUACGUCUCAAAGAACCUAUGGACGUUGAUGUAGAAGAUUAUUACCCAGCUUUCCUGGAUAUGGUGCGGAGCCUGCUGGAUGGCAACAUAGACUCUUCACAGUAUGAAGAUUCGCUAAGAGAGAUGUUUACCAUUCAUGCCUACAUUGCCUUUACCAUGGACAAACUCAUCCAGAGCAUUGUCAGACAGCUGCAGCACAUCGUGAGUGAUGAGAUCUGUGUACAAGUGACUGACCUGUACCUGGCGGAAAACAAUAAUGGGGCCACUGGAGGCCAGCUGAAUACACAGACCUCAAGGAGCCUCCUGGAGUCAACAUAUCAGCGGAAGGCUGAGCAGCUCAUGUCAGAUGAGAAUUGCUUUAAGCUUAUGUUCAUUCAGAGCCAAGGCCAGGUUCAGCUGACCAUCGAGCUUUUGGACACGGAAGAGGAGAACUCGGAUGACCCUGUAGAAGCAGAGCGCUGGUCAGACUAUGUGGAGCGAUACAUGAAUUCUGAUACUACCUCUCCUGAGCUUCGUGAGCACCUGGCACGGAAACCAGUGUUUCUCCCACGGAAUCUGCGGCGGAUCCGGAAGUGUCAGCGUGGUCGAGAACAGCAGGAAAAGGAAGGGAAGGAAGGGAACAGCAAGAAGACCAUGGAGAAUGCGGAUAGCCUGGAUAAGCUGGAGUGUAGAUUCAAGCUGAAUUCCUAUAAGAUGGUAUAUGUGAUCAAGUCAGAGGACUACAUGUAUCGGAGGACCGCCUUGCUCCGGGCUCAUCAGUCCCAUGAGCGGGUAAGCAAGCGGCUACAUCAGAGGUUCCAGGCCUGGGUAGAUAAGUGGACCAAGGAGCAUGUGCCCCGUGAAAUGGCAGCGGAGACCAGCAAGUGGCUCAUGGGUGAGGGGCUGGAGGGCCUGGUGCCCUGCACCACCACCUGUGACACAGAGACCCUGCACUUUGUGAGCAUUAACAAGUACCGUGUCAAAUAUGGCACAGUGUUCAAAGCCCCGUAACUGCAGAGCCAGAGCAGAUAACUUGAGGGGUGUGUGUGUGUUGGGGGGGGCACGUGUACUCGCACACACUGAAGAAACAAGGAAGAUGCCUUUCAAGCCUCACUGGGCCUCUCUGGGACAUGGCCACCUGAUCUGUGUGUGGCUGGUGCAACCUGGCACCAAGUGGGCUACAUAUAAGGAACGUGGAUACCUUACAAAGCCGGAGCUGGAACUUUUCCCGGGGGUUUUGGGCAUUACCCUGCCCUGGAGGGGAAGAAAUCCAUGCAAGCACAGGGAUAUGCAGCUUGCUUGCACACACCAGCAGAGCUAAGACUGCAGCCUCCUGGGGCCUGACCUUCAGUGAGAGAACCGGAUGCUGUUCACACCUUGAUUGGAUGGGCGAGCAUUGACUGACAGACUGGGGAAGGACUCGAUGCUUAGAUGGAUUGUAACUCUGAUGGUCACUGCUCCUUUCCUCUUCCCCCCCAAAAGGAAAAAAAACUGUAUUGGAUUUUUUUUUCCUGGUCACUUGAGCACAUCUAGAUAACCCAUUAAGAUUUUCUCUGGGACCUGCAGUUUGGCUUUGGGAUUGAUCAUCUUGUGGAUUUGAUUCCUGACGAAUCCCUUGCUGCCCACCCGUUAUUCUCUCCUCUGGUUCUCAACCUCAACAAGUUCAAAUCAGUUGUCCUUUUUAGCUCCCGUGGAACUGUUUUGUACCUGCUUCUUUACUAGUCUACCCUAGUGCCAUCCACCAGCUUUACUCACUCACACACACACACACACACAAACACACACACAGUUUUAACUUGGUUUUUCUUUUUUUUUGUAAAUAAUGUACAUACUGUCAAUUUUUUAUUAAAAGAAAUAUGCUUUGAUGUGCUAGCAUAACUGCUCUAGCUUCUUGUGUACCAUAGUUCUAUGUGGCUUCAGAUUUAGUACCUAUGAACAGAUGUACAAGACAUUUAUUACACUUUUUACCAAAGGGAGUUACCGUUGUAGUACUUUUGUGUAAAACUUGUCUUCCCCUUGCCCCAACUUUUUUUUUUUUUUUUUUUUUUUUGUAAAUAAAUAAAGCUUGGUUCUUACUUAAGGAA